AUGGAGAAGAAGAAUAAAGACCCUGAUGCUUUCACAAUCCCGUGCACCAUUAGAAUGUUCAAUUUUGCAAAAGCCUUGUAUGACCUCGGGGCGAGCAUAAAUUUAAUGCAAUAUGCUAUAUUUCACAAGCUAGGAUUGGGGAAACUACAACCUACCACGAUGAGAUUGGUAAUGGCUGAUCAAACCAUCAAGAAACCCAUGGGAAUACUUCAUGAUGUGCUAGUUAAAGUCGACCGGUUCAUCUUCCUGACCGACUUUGUGAUUCUUGAUUAUGCUUUGGACCAUGAAAUUCCUACUAUUCUUAGAAGGACAUUUUUAGCUACCGAGAGAGCAUUGGUAGAUGUAGAGUAUGGUGGGAUAAAGUUUUUCCUAAAUGAUAAAGAGGUUUAUUUUAAUGUAAGUAAGUCCACGAAACAACUAAUGGACUUAAAAGUAAUUUUGGUGAUCGAUUCCAUUAAUGGUGAGGUAAAAAAUUAUGUUGAUGUCAGUUUGGUGGAUGAACCAUUAGUAGGAGUCUUGUGGAAUUAUGAAAGAGAUAAAUUUAAAGCAUUUGAAGAAGUGGUUACAUCUUUAGUGGGGCUUGGAACUUGUACCAAUAACCCGAUAAAGUUGGACCUCGAUCUUAAAAACCUUGAGAAUCCACUUGUAAAGCCAUCCAUCCUUGAGCUACCACAAAUUAAAUUAAAACCAUUGCCACCUCACCUCCAAUAUGUAUUCUUGGGGAAGGAGACACUUUGCUUAUCAUCAUUGCAAGUGAUAUUGAACCCUACCAAGUGGCUUUAA